AUGUCGCCGCCAAGUCCAAAAGUUGCAUUCGUCACAGGCUGCUCGGGAGUCACAGGUAAUGCGAUCGUCGAGCAUCUAAUACGACAGCCCAAAGAAGAGUGGUCAAAAAUCAUUAUAUCCUCCAGGAGCCCGCUAAGAUAUACCUGGCAAGAUCCUCGCGUUCGCUGGAUAGGUGUCGACUUCCUCGACCCCGUGGAGAAGCUUGAGACGCAACUGAGGCCGUUGUGCGAAGACGUCACUCAUGCUUUCUUUGCCAGCUAUGUCCAUACCGACGGCUUUUCGGAGCUGAGAGAUUGCAACGAGCCGUUAUUUGAGAAUUUCCUGACAUCUAUCGACAACAUCGCGGGGUCUGCGUUGCAACGAGUGAUAUUACAAACGGGCGGAAAGCACUAUGGUGUGCAUCUCGGACCUGUGCCAGCCCCAUGUCGUGAGGAUGGCCCAAGGUAUAAGGACGACAAGGGCGAGAACUUCUAUUUUGCUCAGGAAGACUUCAUGUUCAAUCUGCAGAAGCAGCGGACGUGGUCGUGGAACAUCAUCCGGCCAAAUGCCAUUAUUGGCUUUACUCCGGGAAAAAAUGGCAUGUCCAUGGCGCUCACCAUGGCACUAUAUAUGAUAACCUGCAAGGAGUUGGGGAUCAUACCUGAGUUCCCCGGAAACAGAUUCUUCUACAAUUCUACGGACGACUGUUCAUACGCCCCAGCCAUAGCUGACCUCUCAGUCUGGUCAGCCACGCAAGCGCAUACCAAGAACGAAGCCUUCAAUCAUGUCAACGGCGACACGAUUGUGUGGAGGUACUUUUUCAAACAGCUAGGCGAGUAUUUUGGCAUCGUUAUCCCCGACCAGAAAGAGUGGAAAGCUGUCGGACUUGAGGGUGUCUAUGAUCACAACUUCAAAAUGGAAGAUUGGCAGCAGGGCAAGCAGGAAGUAUGGGACAGAGUGUGCGAGAAAUACGGCGGCAACAAAUCGGCUUUCAGCUGGGGAACAUGGGGCUUUAUGAACUGGGCGAUGGGCAAGGCCUGGCCGACUACUUCGAGCAUGAGUAAGGCUCGCAAGUUUGGUUGGCAUCGACAGGAUGACAGCCUGGAGACCUGGUAUGAAACUUUCCAGUCCUUCGAGAAUGCCGGAGUGUUGCCGCGUGCAGAGCUUCUGCGAGGGAGUAGUGGCGAAGGGAAGCGUGCGAAGAAUGUCGUCAACGGCACGAAUGGACUUACAAAUGGUACCUGA